UGCUAGGGUUGACGGAGGCUUUCGGACUCCGCCGCUUCCGCUCGAGGCGAAUAAAGACGAUCGAACGGGACUCCCUUCGCUGCCUCCAAACCCAAUCCGUACAAAUGGCUACUGUCCCUGGGCCGCUAAUCUGGGAGAUUGUGAAGAAAAACAACUCGUUCCUUGUGAAGCAAUUCGGUAACAGUACUGCCAUGGUGCAGUUCAGCAAAGAGCCAAACAAUCUCUACAAUGUCAAUUCCUACAAGCACUCCGGGUUGGCAAACAAAAAGUCAGUGACCAUCCAGGGUGGAGGGAAGGACCUCUCCGUUGUUCUUGCGACAACUAAGACCAAGAAGCAGAACAAGCCUGGUAGUUUACACCACAGAUCAGCCAUGAAGAAGGAGUUCCGUAAGAUGGCCAAAGUUGUUAUAAACCAGGUGACGGAUAACUACUACAGGCCAGAUCUGACUCGAGCAGCUCUAGCGCGGCUUAGUGCAGUGCAUCGCAGCCUGAAGGUCGCUAAGUCUGGUGCAAAGAAGAGGAACAGGCAGGCUGUUAAAGUGGGAAAGUAGGUUGCGUUGUUUAGUAGUAGUUCGUUGGUUGUUUUGGUUCCGUUCACCAUGUCUUCAAACCGAUUUUGAGAACCAUUUCUUUUUGCUGUUUAUUUCCACCAGAGGAGCCUUCAUAAUCUAGUUUUACUUGAUAUGAAUUUAGCAUUUGGCGCUUGAUGAUGA